AUGCCACCAUGGACAGCAAUCACCUCUUCGUUCAAAUCGUUUUCGACAAGGGUGCUGGGAGGAAUACGAGUACCAGAAACUUUAGAGAACGCCAGGUCGUUCCCUAGCAGUGGAUUCGAAAUAAUCGAAGCUGAUCGGUUAAUCGAAGAGGAGGAGUUGCCAGAUUAUCAAGCUGAUCGAUUCUACCCUGUUCGACUUGGUGAGGUGUUCCAGGAUCGUUACCAAACGGUAGCCAAGCUCGGUUUUGGUACUUCAUCAACAUCAUGGCUAGCCCGCGAUCUUAGAGGCCAUCAAUAUGUCACCCUGAAGGUGUAUGUUCAUACCUCGUUGGUCCACCGGGAGCUUCCGUUUUAUCGUCAUAUUGCCAGCUGUAUGGUAGGUACCUCACACCGUGGACAAGGAAAUAUUCGGAGACUGUUGGAUUCGUUUGAAAUUGCUGGCGCAUAUGGCAGACACCUUGUGCUUGUCUUUGAUGCUGCUCAAAUGAGUCUGCGCGACAUGAAGAUGGUGUUCCGUCAGGAGGGAUUUGAAGAAGACUUUGUUCGGGGUGCUAUAACUGAGCUUCUUGAGGCUUUGGACUUUCUGCAUACGCAUGGGAAUGUCGUCCACACUGAUAUCCACCCUGGCAAUAUGCUCCUGGGUACCUACAAUAACCAAGCCUUCUCAAAGUUUGAGGAAAAGGAAUUCGCAUCACCAGUUGCCCGCAAGCCGAUUUCAUCUGCUCGAACAAUCUAUCUCUCCCGCUUGAUGCACCCCCAAGAAGGCCCAAUGCUACUAUCUGAUUUCGGUGAGGCCAGGAUUGGCCCCGGCCCACACGGGGGGGAUAUAAUGCCCUUGGAAUAUCGAGCCCCGGAAACAUUGCUUUAUAUAGGUUGGAGCUACCCAGUUGAUAUCUGGAGUGUUGGCCUUACGGCGUGGGAUCUCAUGGAACCUAGAAAACUUUUUACAGCACGCGAUGAUGACGGCGACCUGUAUGAUGCUGCGCACCUCGCUCAACUAAUUGCGGCAUUGGGCCCUCCCCCUCCCGAUUAUCUAGCUAAGAAUCCAGAAAGGAGAGCUGACUUUUGGGAUGAACAUGGGAAUUGGCUGGGCCUUGCGCCCAUUCCACAUGGUAGGACCAUGGAAGCAUUGGAAUCUCGCCUGGAAAAUAAAUUCAGCUUCCUUCGAUUUAUCAGAAGGGCUCUAACUUGGACUCCUGGGGAAAGAGCAACAGCCAAAGAACUCUUGCAGGACCCUUGGCUGACAGGCGAUGCAUCGCGCAAUUACGUCCGGUGA